UUGAUACCUAAUACUAGUUAUACUAUUGGAGUGAGAGCAUAUACUAGUAUUGGACCAGGAGAAUGGAUUGAUAAAAUUGUAUCAACUAAUGUCAUAGAUAUAGCAAAAAUUAGUAAUUUCACUGUCAUACAUCUCAACUCAACUGCUGUACAAAUGAAUUGGCUACCCAUUCCAGGGGCCAGUUACUACACUGUCUAUUACAGCAGUGGGUGUAAUGUUGAUUCAAUCAAUGUUAGCAAUGAAACAAAUCAAAGUAUCAUAUUAGGGCUGUGCUCAUGCCUCAGCUUCUCACUCGAGAUGUCAGUGAGUAUAGAAAUAAAUGGAAUUUAUUACAAAGGACCUAGAACUGCACCAACAGUUACAGAGCUACCAACAGUGGACCUGUCUUCCUAUUCUUACACAGAAGCAAUAAGUACUUCAUCUCCUACCUCUGCAUCAAGCGAUGAAUGCAUGAACACAUCAACUUUAUACAUAUCUCUACCAAUACUGGGUAUCUCUUUAUUUGUCAACAUGAUAUUGGUAUGUGUGGUGAUUGGGAUGUGCUGUAAGAAGAAGAUAGUUUAUAGUGUCAAGUAAGAG